AGCUUUGUAGAAUGUUUUCAAAAGGAAAUUACAAUGAAAUCAAGAACAAAUAUUUAAGAGAUGAAAUACCAUUUGUUGAAACUUUAUUUAAUGGCAAAAUCUAUAAUUCCAUGCUUAUUUGUCAUAUAUCGUUCAAUAUCAUUCAAUAUCAUUUAAUAAAAUUAAAUAUUGGUGCAAUUUGAUUAAUUUUACCCAAAAUAUAUUUUAUUACCCAAGAUCAGAAUAGAUUUAUGAUUAUAGCGAAUUACUAAAACAAAA